UGGAAGAUUUAUCAACACUUCACACGCAUUAUCUGACAACACRCCACUUGUGUUGCUCUCAGCAUAAAGUCCUCCUCCUGAUGAGUUUAAGUUGGUUUUAAAGAGCARACAGCUGCAGGAAGGACUCUCUGAACACAGGAACUUUGCAUCAAAAUGCCAAACGAGUUUGCGACUGAAUAUGAGCCCCUGCUCAUAAAAGAGUUCAAAGAUAAAAAGCRGUUAAAGCUUCCAAACAAAUCUCUUGUGCUGGCUGUAUUUGCUGCUUGUAUAGGAGGAACCUUUCAGUAUGGAUAUAACAUCUCUGUCAUCAAUGCUCCCACUAUGUACGUACAAAACUUCAUCAACCGCACCUGGAUGCAGCGUUACCAAACCAACAUAUCAGAAGGUGGCCUCACUCUGCUCUGGUCCACCAUAGUGUCCAUCUUCACUUUAGGGGGACUCAUAGGGGUUUCAAUCAGUGGGACGUUGUCUCUGAAGCUGGGGAGGAGAGGAACGCUGCUGAGUAACAACAUCUUCUCAUUACUGGCUGCUCUGCUGAUGGGUCUGAGCUCCACCGCUGGAUCGUUUGAGUUACUCAUCAUUGGACGUCUGCUGAGUGGAGUAAAUGCAGGCGUUGCUUUAUGCGUUCAACCUCUUUACUUGGGGGAAAUCGCUCCGACGGCGUUACGAGGGGCCAUGGGAAUGGGAACCUCUGUUUUCAUCACUGGUGGCAUUUUAACCGGACAAGUGAUGGGACUCAAGGAAGUCCUGGGURAAGAGGAGAACUGGCCCGUCCUGCUGUCCACCACCUUUAUUCCUGCAUUACUGCAGCUCCUCAUCCUGCCCUGGUUCCCUGAGAGCCCACGCUACCUGCUGAUUGAUAAAGGAGAUGAUGAGAAAUGUAAAAAAGCCCUGAGGCAGCUGCAUGGUUCGGCUGACUGUGAUGGCGCGUUGGAGGACAUAGAGAAGGAAAAGAGUAACUUGGUGGGUUUCCAGGCCAAGAAACCCUGGGAGCUCUUCAGUGACGGCAGCGUGCGUUGGCAGCUUCUCACUAUCRUUCUGCUCAACAUGGCUCAGCAGCUGAAUGGCAUCAAUGCUAUUUAUUUUUAUGCAGAUUAUGUUUUCAGACAGUCAGGUAUUCCUGCUGAGAAAAUCCCGUAUGCAACUGUCGGCACUGGAGCCUGUGAAUGUGUUACAGCUUUAACAUGUGGUCUGCUCAUCGAAUGUCUGGGAAGGAAGGUCCUCAUCACGGGAGGAUACAUCCUGAUGAGCAUCUGCUGCAUUUUAUUCACGCUCACCCUCACUUUCCAGGAUGUCAGCCCGAUUUUUCCAUACCUGAGCAUGGCCUGUGUCUUUGCCUUUAUCUUGAGUUUUGGCUUGGGACCAGGUGGUGUGACCAACAUCUUAACCACAGAGCUCUUCACUCAGACCACUCGCCCUGCUGCCUUCAUGAUCGCCGGAUCCGUCAACUGGCUCAGCUUCUUCUUCAUCGGCCUGGUCUUCCCUUUUAUUGUGAUUGGGCUCCAGCAGUACUGUUUCCUGGUCUUCUUGGUCGUCUGCUGCUUGGUGACGGUCUACAUCGUCCUCGUUGUUCCUGAAACAAAAAACAAAACCUUUGUGGAGAUCCAAAAUGAGUUCCAGACCUUCAAUAAGAGAAAGUCUUGUGGUGCUGAUGGAGCCGGAACGGUCCUCUUAUCAACGCCUUUGUGAAACGGAGUCAGAGUCUUCUCUGCAGAACCGGCCACAAAAACAAGAACAACAUAUCAGAGAUGUAACAUGCUGUCAUAAUAAAUCAUAUAAAGAGCAGUAACACAUGUCCACAAACAUAAAGAGAGUUUGUGCAACAUUUGAAUGUUUUAAAUGAUUCUUUGUACUACCUCUAUCAAAGGUGCAUUGCUUAGAUUUUUUAAAUAAAUUAAAUAAAUAAAUAAAAAAUACAGCAAGUUUUGUAAAAGGUGCAAACAAGUUAAAAGUAAAGUCAUUUUUUAAAUCUGAGCUUGUUUUUCUAAUCCCUCUGGGCUGCAUGUGAUCAGGCGAACAAAUGGUGGGUGGGGGUGGGGGGUAUUUACUGGAAUGCAUUAGCAAGAUUAAUCAGAAAGAUCAAAAAGUUCAUUAGAACCAGUAAAACCAACACAAAUAAACUGCAUAAGACACAAUCUGGAGCAGAAAUAUCUGCAUACUGACAGUUUUUCUGCUUUGGUUGUACAGUCCAUGUAAUGAGCGGGUAUUUGUACUACAGGCCAGUAACCAAAUUAAAAGAAAACAGCAGGAGUUAGAGCUUUUCAUAGGUACAAUAUGUGCAAAAGUUUUAUUCAAAUCAUCAUAUCUUUUUCUUUCAARGUUGAGACACGGUUCAACAAUAAACUGCAAUGUUCUUUGACAGUAAAACAAAGCUCCAAUCAUUUGCUGUGAAGUUCAUUUAUUAUUUUUAAAGAUGGUAAAAAUGUAAUGGUUCAUUUAAAAUCUGGUGUCUUAAAGUGAAACGGAUCAUAUUUUUGGUCGAAAAAGUAAAAAUAAAACCUUCAUAAGACA